UUGUACGUGGGAGUCACUCCAGCCGCCAAAACCCUAAACCCUGCAAUCCCCUCUCCCCUUCUUCUAGACCCUUCUCUCUCUCCCCCGCUCCUCACUCUAUUUAUACUCUCUCUCUUCCCCCCUCCCCCAAGGGCCAAGGCAUCCUCUUCCGUUUCACAUUCCCCUAAGAUCAUCACAAAACUCUCUCUCUCUCUCUCUCUCUCUCUCUCUCUCUAGAUUACCCUGCUUUACCAACUUCAGCACCAUCACCAUGUAUCGCUUCGCAGCUAAUCUCGCUUCCAAAGCUCGGAUCGCUAGGAACGGUACUCAGCAGAUUGGUACUAGAUUGGCUUGGAGCAGAAACUAUGCGGCGAAAGACAUUAAAUUCGGAGUCGAAGCGCGGGCUUUGAUGCUCAGGGGUGUUGAGGAGCUUGCCGAUGCCGUCAAAGUAACAAUGGGGCCGAAAGGUCGGAAUGUUGUUUUGGAGCAAAGCUAUGGUGCCCCAAAAGUGACGAAAGACGGUGUUACUGUGGCAAAGAGCAUUGAGUUCAAAGACAGAGUCAAGAAUAUAGGUGCAAGCCUUGUUAAGCAGGUUGCAAAUGCUACGAAUGAUGUUGCUGGUGAUGGUACCACCUGUGCUACAGUCCUAACCCGUGCUAUAUAUGCUGAGGGAUGCAAAUCAGUGGCAGCUGGAAUGAAUGCCAUGGACCUUAGACGUGGGAUCACAAUGGCAGUUGAUGCAGUGGUGACAAACUUGAAGAGCAGAGCACGGAUGAUCAGCACAUCUGAAGAAAUAGCGCAGGUUGGCACAAUAUCAGCAAAUGGAGAGAGAGAGAUUGGGGAGCUUAUUGCCAAGGCUAUGGAGAAAGUUGGCAAAGAGGGUGUGAUCACCAUUUCUGAUGGGAAAACAUUGUACAAUGAAUUGGAAGUGGUUGAAGGAAUGAAGCUGGAUAGGGGCUAUAUAUCUCCGUAUUUCAUUACCAACACGAAGAACCAAAAAUGUGAAUUGGAAGAUCCACUGAUAUUGAUUCAUGAGAAAAAGAUCUCAAGCUUGAAUGCUGUGGUGAAAGUAUUGGAGUUGGCCCUGAAGGAGCGAAGACCUUUGCUGAUUGUUGCCGAAGAUGUAGAAAGUGAAGCAUUGGCAACUCUCAUUCUAAACAAGCUUCGUGCUGGAAUUAAGGUUUGUGCUAUUAAAGCUCCUGGAUUUGGAGAAAACAGGAAGGCCAAUCUGCAGGACCUUGCCACUCUUACAGGAGGAGAGGUCAUCACUGAUGAGCUAGGUAUGAACCUUGAGAAUGUGGGACCAGCAACCUUUGGUACAUGCAAAAAGGUCACCAUUUCGAAAGAUGAUACUGUUAUUCUUGAUGGCAAUGGUGACAAGAAAGCCAUCGAAGAAAGAUGUGAACAGCUGAGAACUUCAAUUGAAUUAAGUACCUCUGAUUAUGACAAGGAGAAGCUACAAGAGAGACUUGCAAAGCUUUCUGGUGGCGUUGCGGUGCUGAAGAUUGGAGGGGCGAGCGAAACUGAGGUUAGUGAGAAGAAAGAUAGAGUUACAGAUGCUUUGAAUGCAACAAAGGCAGCUGUGGAGGAGGGGAUUGUACCUGGUGGCGGUGUUGCUCUUCUUUAUGCCUCAAAGGAGCUGGAAAAGCUGCAUACUGCAAAUUUUGAUCAAAAGAUUGGUGUUCAGAUUAUCCAGAAUGCUCUAAAGGCACCAGUGUACACAAUCGCAUCAAAUGCUGGAGUUGAGGGGGCAGUAGUUGUUGGUAAGCUAUUGGAACAAGACGAUCCUGACCUUGGAUAUGAUGCUGCUAAAGGUGAAUAUGUGGACAUGGUAAAGGCAGGAAUUAUUGAUCCAUUGAAGGUCAUUAGAACAGCUUUGGUGGAUGCUGCUAGUGUCUCCUCUUUGUUGACGACGACAGAGGCUGUUGUUGUCGAGCUUCCCAAGGAAGAGAAAGAAGCUCCAGGGAUGGGCGGAGGCAUGGGUGGCAUGGACUAUUGAGAGGAGUAAGCGGCGGUGGCGGUUGCAUCAAGAACGCAGUCUCAAUUUUUCGGAACACAUUAUUUUUCGCGAGGAAAAUUUGAAACUUUCUAUGAUUCAAGUUAGGAUAGAAAUUGGGUUAGUUACGAUAUUGAAGGGGAAUUUUCUUCCCUCUCAUAAAUGCAAGCACCGGUGUAAUCAUAAACAGAUUUUUGAAGAGUAGGAAGUUUCUUUGAAUUA